AUGGAAGUCGCUAAAACGGAAACGUCCAAUGGCGUUUCCACGCCAGAGAUGGCAGUUUCGGUGGAUUCCGACACGGUGGUUCAGUACCUCACGGAGGUGCUGCAGGUGACACUCGGUGCUCCGAAGUCCGAACUUGGCAGUGCUGGAAGCUUGCUUUCAAGCGCAAAAUACCACGACACGGCGCAGAAAUGCAUGCGAUUUGCCUCUGAGUCACAAGUUGCCCUCUACGUACAAAAGGACAUCGCGGCGGCAGACCAGGCCAGCGGUGAUGAAGAAGGUACUGAAUCAAUUCUAGAAUACUCCUACACUUUGUCGUCAGAGAUAUCGUCUGCCUCCACAACCGUGGCCUCGGUGGCCUUCAUCAAACGCCCCGCGCCGAUCGACCCAGCGCUUCCCAUAGCCUCUCAGAUUCAAGUGAUCAACUUGCCUGGUCCGGCAUCCUUGAAUAAUGCACAAUCGCAGCAGGGAAGCUCCAUGUCACCCUACCAAAUCAUCCAUCUUUUCCUUCACCACGCUCUAAGUCCAUACUUUGAGGCCCACACUCGCAACCAGGAACCAGCUGUCGGCUCCAAAUCGCGAACGGAUACCGAGGCAAAGACUGGAAUCUCGGGGACAAAGAAAAGAUUUGCCGAUUUGGAGCUAGGUCUUCAACAUCUGCAGCAAAAUGUGGAGAUACCUGCAUUGAACUUACCACUUCACGAGGUGGUGCAGGCUGCGCUGUCGGAGGCCGAGGCGCGAGGCAUCAAGCCAACGGUCGAGCUGAUUCCUUCUGCCGUUUUGGACAGCAGUGCAUUCACCAACAGCAUCCAGCAUACUGUUAAUGGAUGGAUUCGAUCCAUUCAAACUAUCACAAAGAUGUCUCGGGAUCCGGACGGAGAAUCAGCCUCUCUGGAAGUGAACUUUUGGUUGUCGAUGGAAACGGCCUUGGAGGGCAUUGAAAACCAGCUUGCUAGCGACGGAGUGAAGUUGACUAUGGACAUUCUUCGUCACGCGAAGCGCUACCAGCCCACACUGAGCUUUGUGGCUGACACUGGGCUGAAAGAUGCCACAGAGUUAGUCCAAAAGUACAACCAGCUUAUGCGUGACUUCCCUUUGGACGAGCUUCUCUCGGCAACUUCGUUGCAGAAAGUACAAGAGUCUCUCGGCCUUGUCUUCAACCAUCUGAACAAAAAAUUGAAGAUUUGCCCGUAUCCUAUCAAGCGUGCUCUUUCUCUCGUUGAAGCAAUCUCCGGCGACCUGGACAAGAAGAUUCACGAACUUGUCAAAGGCCGUCAGAUUCUUCAGCUUGACUACCGUGAUUUCCGUUCUUUGAUCAAGACGACUCAGGCUAUCUGGCGCUCAUGGGAUGAAAAUCUGAAGGAGUUCACGAAUGUCGCCCGUGAAUCGACGAGACGACGGAAUGAAAAGUUCAUUCCCAUCAAAAUCAACGCUCGUCAUGAUAAGACCCGUGAGCGACUAAAGUACAUUGACACCUUCCGCAUCAAUCAUGAGCAGCUUCAAAAGACCAUCAUCAACGUCCUUGGACCGAAGAACACCACCUCCGCAGAAGCCGGCGCCGGCGCCGACUCUGAGGAAUUGGUAAUCGUGGAGGAAAUUGGUGACGUUGACGCCGUUGAGGAGGUGACCCACGCCUAUGCUGCGAUGAACGUGGACGCCCUUGAUGUCUCGCCUGAAGGAUCACGCGCAUGGGAGCAGGCUGAGAUUGGUUACAGUGAACGCACAUCGCGCGUUGAGAACUCGAUCAUCGCGCGCCUCCGUGAUCGACUCGCAACUGCCAAGAAUGCUAAUGAGAUGUUCCGAGUCUUCUCCAAGUUCAACGCCUUGCUCGUCCGCCCGAAGAUUCGCGGCGCCAUCGGCGAAUAUCAGACACAAUUGAUUGACAAUGUCAAGCGGGACAUUUCCGCGCUGCACGGGCGUUUUAAGCAGCAGUAUGGUCAUUCCGAGGCUCACGCAAUGGCUCAAUUAAGGGACCUGCCACCCGUUUCGGGUGCCAUUAUCUGGGCUCGCCAAAUUGAGCGUCAACUCGAUGGAUAUAUGCGAAAGGUAGAGAAUGUUCUUGGCGAGGACUGGCAUCUCCACUCAGAAGGCCAGAAGCUGCAAGCGGAGGGCAAUCUCUUCCGUAAGAAGCUCGAUACUCGACCUGUCUUUGAAUCCUGGCUGUACGAUGUUCAGAGACGACAAAUUACCAUUUCUGGCCGACUCUUCAAUAUUGUGCGGAACCGUGCUGCCGGAAACAAGUUGGAGCUGGCCGUCAACUUUGACGCUCAGAUCAUUGCUCUGUUCAAGGAGGUCCGCAAUCUUAUCUGGUUGAACUUCCAGGUUCCUCAUGCUGUUAGCAACAUCUCUAAAGAGGCCAAGCGUGUCUAUCCAUACGCCAUUAGUCUAAUGGAGAGUGUGCGCACUUUGCUUCAGACUAAUCGCACGAUUAUUUCAAUGUCGGAUGUUGCUAUUCUGCUCAAUGGCUACGUGAAUGACUGUCAGGCAAUGGUCAACAAGGGAAUUCCGUUGAGGUGGGAAUCAUUUAUCCACUCCUAUGAGCUUCACGUCAAGCAGUCUGCCCUUGCGAAUGGCGCAAAUGAUCCCACCAUGCCAACACGAACCGAGAGUAAACAUGUCCAAUUUGUUCGCGAAUUUGCAGGCUCCGCAUCUGUUUUACAGACAAAGACCGCAGUGCUGUCGUCAAUCAAUGAAAGCAUUCAGGAGUCGAUUCAUGAGUUGAAGACGUGUGCUUACGAUGCCGUGGCGUUCAAGCAAUGCUUAGACAUCAUUCAAGUUGCCGUUGACAAGCUGAACCUUGAGAACUAUGUAAACCUCGAGUUCUGGGUUUCUCAGCUGAACACAAAAAUCGAGGCAAUUCUAAGUGAACGGCUUCACCGUGCCAUUCGCGAGUGGAUUGAUGCGUUCGAAGAAACUCGCAACGGCCAAAGCAUAGCCUUCACACAAACUGACACAGACGGCACCGUGAUUUACAAUAUCUCGUUCCCGGAGCUUGUGCACGAGAUCUCCAUGAAGAAUCAGCUCCUGCAUGUCGAUCCACCCCUCCAAUUUGCGCGCGCAAGCUGGUUCUCUCAGUUUGAUUCCUGGCUAGGAGUCGUGUGUAAUUUAGAGAAGAUCAAGGCAUCCCGGUAUCAAAUAUCUAUCAGCACGCAAACCGUGCGACAAUCCGAAGUUUGCUUUGCAAACCUGCCACAAAACUGUGCAAAGGAGCUUCAGCAAGUGUACGAAGUCGUCGACAGUCGAUUGACUGACGUGUCAGAAUACGUCGACAAAUGGCUACAAUUCCAGUCUCUGUGGGAUCUGCAAUCUGAGCAAGUUUACGACAUUCUUCGAGAUGAUCUGUCCCAGUGGCUGCAGCUUCUUCAGGAAAUCCGCAAGAGCAGAGCCACGUUUGAUACCUCUGAAGUGAGCCGAUCUUUCGGCAACAUCAGAAUCGACUAUGAACAAGUUCAAACAAAGGUGAACGCAAAGUACGAUCAGUGGCAGCACGAAAUUCUCCAAAAGUUUGGAUCUAAGCUUGGCGGCCGCGUUCGGGAAGUCCACGCUGAGCUUACCACGGCCCGUCGGGACCUGGAAAAGCAGAGCUUGGAAGCCUCCUCGACGGCGCAUGCCGUUUCUUUCAUCACUAUUGUUCAGCAGUGCAAACGCAAGAUCAGAGUCUGGGAGCCUGAGGUGGAACUCUUCCGUCAGGGUCAAACCACAUUGUCACGCCAGCGAUACACAUUUCCAAACGACUGGCUGGAUGUUGGAAACGUGGAUGGGGAAUGGACUGCUUUGAAUGAGCUUCUAGAAAGAAAGAGCAAGAUUGUUCAAGAUCAAACCGAUGCUCUUCGUGCCAAGAUUACCGCCGAGGAUCGUGUCAUCAACGAUAGAAUCGCGGAAGUUAUUGCUCAAUGGAACGAUGAAAAGCCAGUUUCCGGUACAAUACCUCCCGAGGAGGCUUCGCGGACCCUUAGCUCUUUUCAAGCACGACUUGAGGCCCUUGAGACCGAAUUUGAAAUGGUUUCGAAGGCUAAGGAGGCACUCGAUCUGCCUGUCAGUUCUGACUCGUUACUUCCUGCCAUUCUGGAAGAGGUACAGGAUUUCAUGUCGGUCUGGGCCGCCUUGUCAACGAUUUGGAAAAGCCUCAACGACUUGCGUGAAGGUCUUUGGAACAGCGUCCAGCCCCGGAAAUUGCGGCAGGCGCUUGAUGGCCUCAUCAAGAUGACAAAGGAGAUGCCAAGCCGAAUGAGACAGUACGCUGCCUUUGAACAUAUCCAAAAUGUCCUCCGACAACUCUUGAAGGUUAAUUCUCUCCUCUCUGACAUGAAAUCUGAGGCCGUCAAGGAGAGACACUGGCAAAAGAUAUACAAGUCAUUGAAACCCGGAAAGCGAUUCUCGCUCGUCUCCCUCACCCUAGGCGAUAUUUGGGAUCUCCAACUUGCCACUAGUGAGCCUGUCAUACGAAACAUCAUUGCCCAGGCUCAGGGUGAAUUAGCUCUCGAAGAGUUCCUGAGGACUGUUCGUGAGACAUGGCAGAGUUAUUCCUUGGAAUUAGUCAACUAUCAAAACAAGUGCCGACUGAUUCGUGGCUUUGAUGAUCUUUUCGCCAAGUGUAGCGAAAAUUUGAAUUCUCUCCAAGCAAUGAGACACUCGCCAUACUACAAAGAAUUCGAAGAAGAAGCGGCCGCAUGGGAAGACAAGCUGAACCGCGUGCAUGUUUUGUUCGACGUCUGGAUUGACGUGCAGAGACAAUGGGUGUAUUUGGAAGGUGUUUUUACUGGCAAUGCCGACAUCAAGCAUCUACUGCCAUUGGAAUCCAGCCGAUUCCAGAACAUUAACUCUGAAUUCUUCGCAGUCAUGAAAAAGGUUUACAAAUCACCAUUUGUGCUGGAUGUUUUGGCUAUCAAUGGCGUUCAGAAAUCGUUGGAACGGUUGGCUGAGUUGCUCAACAAGAUUCAAAAGGCCCUCGGUGAAUACCUUGAACGAGAGCGUGUGUCUUUUCCACGGUUCUACUUCGUGGGAGACGAGGAUCUUUUGGAAAUCAUUGGCAAUAGCAACGACAUCUUCCGGGUCGCAAAGCAUUUCAAGAAGAUGUUCGCAGGCCUGUCGGGUCUUCUCAUGGACGAUGACAAUAAUAUCGUUGGCUUCACUUCAAAGGAAGGCGAGGAGGUGCGCCUCAAGCGAGAGGUCAAUCUGGUCAAAACGCCUAGAAUCAACGACUGGCUGACAGCAUUGGAGACGAAUAUGAAAUUGACUUUGGCGGAGCUUCUUGGUGAAGCCGUUGAGCAGUUCGAGACCCUCUACAGUGCUGGUGACGUAGACCGGACAGCUUUCAGUGACUACCUGGCCAAUUACCCUGCUCAGAUUGUUGUCCUCGCAAGUCAGGUCGUCUGGACAAAUGCCGUACGGAAAUCACUCGAAGAUGGUGGCGCCACUCUUCCAGCCUUGUACGAUUCCGAAGUUCGAAUUCUGGAACUGCUGGCCGCGACUGUGCUAGGUGAAUUGGAUGCUAUCACACGCAAGAAAUGCGAGCACAUGAUCACCGAAUUCGUACAUCAACGUGAUACGAUCUCUAAGCUUAUCGACGCCAAGGCUGCGACUCCAACUCAUUAUCUUUGGUUGCUGCAAAUGCGAUAUGUUUAUCAGUCGGAAGGCGACUUCUUACAGCGACUGUAUGUUCAUAUGGCCAAUGCAAAGCUGAAUUACGGUUUCGAGUACCUUGGCGUGCCCGAACGUCUGGUCCGCACUCCACUCACGGAUCGUUGUUUCUUAACCCUUACUCAAGCUCUGUGCCAGCGACUUGGAGGUUCGCCUUACGGCCCGGCAGGAACUGGCAAGACGGAAUCUGUCAAGGCUCUGGGUCUGCAGCUUGGUCGCUUCACUCUUGUUUUCUGUUGCGACGACACCUUUGACUUCCAAGCUAUGGGUCGAAUUUUCCUUGGUAUCUGUCAGGUCGGCGCGUGGGGUUGCUUCGAUGAGUUCAAUCGUUUGGAGGAGAGAAUUCUGUCUGCCGUCUCGCAGCAGAUUCAAAAUAUCCAAAUCGGACUUCGAAAGGGAGAAGAGGACGAUAAAUCCCAGAUUGAGUUGGUUGGUCGUCGCUUGGCGGUCAAUUCCAAUACCGGUAUCUUCAUCACGAUGAACCCCGGAUACGCUGGCCGUUCCAAUUUGCCGGACAAUCUGAAAAAGCUGUUCCGCAGUGUCGCUAUGUCCAAGCCCGACAAGGAACUUAUUGCGGAAGUCAUGCUUUUUUCGCAAGGAUUCAAGCAAGCGAAACCUCUUUCAAAACAGACUGUGCCUUUCUUCGAUCACUGUGCUGCCCAGCUCUCUAAACAAGCUCACUAUGACUUCGGUCUUCGUGCUUUGAAGAGUGUGCUUGUCAGUUCUGGUGGUUUGAAAAGAGCGCGUCUAGCGUCUUCAGAGACUGACCUUGGCCCUGACGAAAUCAUUGAACCACAGAUCAUCGUGCAAAGUUUGCGCGAAACCAUUGCUCCCAAACUCGUUCAGGAAGACGUCAGCCGGAUGCUUGAGAUUCAGGCACAAACUUUCCCAGGGGUUGACUAUGUGCCUGCGAACUAUGACGAGUUGGUUGGAGCGAUUCGUCGCAUUGCGAAGGCGCAACACUACGUGGACAGCGAGAUGUGGAUCACCAAGGCUCUUCAAUUGUAUCAGAUUCAGGGCAUUCACCAUGGUGUUAUGAUGGUCGGCAGAUCUGGCUCUGGUAAAUCGGCUGCUUGGAAGAUUCUCCUCCAGGCUAUGCAGGCCAUUGAAGAUGUCGAAGGCGUCUGCCACAUCAUUGACUCCAAGGUCAUGUCCAAGGAAGCUCUUUACGGUAAUCUCGAUAGUACAACUCGCGAAUGGACUGACGGUCUGUUCACUGGCAUCCUGCGAAAGAUUGUGGACAACCUUCGCGGCGAGGAUACCAAGCGCCACUGGAUUGUGUUCGACGGCGAUGUUGACCCAGAAUGGGUUGAAAACUUGAACAGUGUCCUGGACGAUAAUAAGCUUCUCACGCUACCAAACGGAGAACGUCUGAAUCUGCCCCACAACGUUCGUGUCAUGUUCGAAGUCGAGACUCUGAAAUAUGCUACACUAGCUACUGUCAGUCGCUGCGGUAUGGUCUGGUUCAACGAGGAUACUGUCACCCCUUCGAUGAUGAUAAAUAACUAUGUGGAGGGCCUUAAGACCAAGACUUUUGAGGAUCUCGAUGAUGACAGCGCGCCAGCCGGCAGUUCUGCGGCUAGAACUCAAAGUACGCAGGAAAUGCUUUCCGUGGUGCUGAAAAAGCAUCUCGAGACCGACGACCUAGUCCUGAAAGCACUCGAAGAGGCAAAGAAGUACGGGCACAUCAUGGAUUUCACUGAGAUUCGCGCCCUCAACACAAUGUUUAGCCUGCUGAACAAGGCUUGUCGAAACGUUCUAGAGUACAACAUUCAGCACGUUGACUUCCCAAUGGACUCCGAGCAGAUUGAGUCCUACAUGUCUAAAAAGCUUUUGUUGACUCUUGUCUGGUCUUUCACCGGUGACUGUCCACUAACAGAUCGCAAAACCUUUGGUCAGUAUGUUGCCGGCAUGACGACCGUCGAUCUUCCGCCGGAUGGUGACUCCUCGCUUAUUGACUACGAUGUCACCCUACCUAAGUCUGAAUGGGCUAGCUGGCAGUCCCAAGUUCCCACGGUUGACAUUAACACUCAUUCUAUCACUCAGACGGAUAUCAUCAUUCCUACUGUGGAUACUGUUCGUCACGAGGAUGUUCUCUACUCUUGGCUGGCCGAGCACAAACCUUUGCUGCUCUGUGGUCCUCCCGGAUCUGGUAAAACCAUGACGCUUUUCGCUGCGUUGAGGAAGCUGCCAAAUUUGGAGGUCGUUGGCCUCAAUUUCUCCAGCGCCACCACGCCAGAUCUCUUGAUCAAGACCUUUGAGCAAUACUGUGAAUACAAAAAGACUCUCAAUGGCGUUGUGAUGUCCCCGAACCAGAUUGGCCGCUGGCUUGUUAUCUUCUGUGACGAGAUUAACUUGCCUGCCCCUGAUCGCUAUGGCACUCAGCGAGCUAUUGCCUUCCUGCGUCAACUAGUGGAACAGAACGGGUUCUGGCGCACAUCAGACAAGACGUGGGUUAGCCUUGAUCGAAUCCAGUUCGUCGGUGCUUGUAACCCGCCAACCGAUGCAGGUCGCACGCCAAUGGGUGAGCGAUUCCUGCGUCAUGCUCCAUUGAUAAUGGUGGACUAUCCCGGCGAGAUAUCGCUCAACCAGAUCUACGGCACUUUUAACUCCGCAGUUCUCAAGAUUCUGCCACUUCUCCGCGGAUAUUCUGAGGCUCUCACGAAGGCCAUGGUUCAGUUCUACCUCGAAUCGCAAAAUAGAUUCACCCCGAAGAUUCAGCCUCAUUAUGUGUACUCUCCCCGUGAGUUGACUCGAUGGGUUCGCGGUCUUUACGAGGCGAUCAAGCCUCUGGAGACUCUGUCAAUUGAGGGUCUUGUGCGCAUUUGGGCUCACGAAGCUUUGCGUCUUUUCCAAGACAGGCUGGUUGCUGAGGAUGAGCGUGCUUGGACUGCAGACGCUGUUCGCCGUAUUUCACUGGAGCAUUUCCCAACAAUCGACCACGAAAUUGCUCUCAAGGGUCCGAUUCUGUUCUCCAAUUGGCUUUCCAAAAACUAUGUCCCCGUGGAACAAGAGAUUCUGCGUGACUUUGUGAAAGCACGUCUCAGAACCUUCUGCGAAGAGGAAGUGGAUGUACCACUGGUUCUGUUUAACGAUGUGCUCGAGCACGCUCUCCGCAUCGACCGCGUGUUCCGGCAACCUCAAGGUCAUCUGAUUCUCAUCGGUGUCAGCGGCAGUGGGAAGACUACACUGUCUCGAUUUGUUGCCUGGAUGAAUGGACUGAAGGUCUUCCAGAUCAAGGUCCAUGGUAAAUACUCGUCAGAGGACUUUGAUGAUGAUUUAAGAACCGUCUUGCGUCGUGCCGGCUGCAAGGGCGAGAAGAUUUGCUUCAUCAUGGACGAGGCGAAUGUCCUCGAUUCUGGCUUCUUGGAGCGCAUGAACACGCUGCUUGCAAACGCUGAAGUUCCUGGUCUCUUUGAGGGCGACGAGUUCGCAUCGCUGAUGACUGCCUGCAAAGAAGGUGCUCAACGCCAGGGUCUCCUCUUGGAUUCGCAAGAAGAGCUGUACAAGUGGUUUACGCAGCAAAUCAUCAAGAAUCUUCAUGUGGUGUUCACCAUGAAUCCCCCCGAAGACGGUCUUUCCUCAAAGGCAGCUACCAGUCCUGCACUUUUCAAUCGUUGCGUGCUUAACUGGAUGGGCGAUUGGUCGGAUCAAGCUCUCUUCCAGGUUGGAUCUGAGUUGACGCAAUCCGUUGAUUUGGACAAACCGAACUUCGUCGCUCCCGACAGCAUCCCCGUUGCAUAUCGGGAGUUGUCUCUCCCUGCUUCGCAUAGAGAUACAGUUGUCAACUCAAUGGUCUUCAUUCAUCAUUCGCUGCAUCGUUUCAAUCAGCGACUGCAGAAACAGCAAGGGCGGUCCACUUUCCUCACUCCACGUCACUAUCUAGACUUUGUUGCGCAAUAUGUCAAAUUGUUCAAUGAGAAACGCGAGGAUCUUGAAGAGCAACAGCGUCACUUGAACGUUGGUUUGGAGAAACUCCGUGACACAGUCGACAAAGUCAGUGAUCUGCGUGCCAGUCUAGCCCAGAAGAAGACGCAGCUGGAGAAAAAGGACACUGAAGCCAACGAGAAGUUGCAACGCAUGGUCGCAGAUCAGCAGGAAGCGGAGCAGCGGAAGCAGGUCUCCUUAGAGGUGCAACAAGCCUUAGAAAAGCAGGAGAAGGAGGUUGCAACCCGAAAGGAGGUCGUAUUGAAUGACCUCGCGCGCGCGGAACCUGCUGUGCUUGAAGCUCAAAAGAGUGUCAGUAACAUCAAGCGCCAGCACUUGACCGAGGUUCGAUCCAUGGGUAACCCACCGGCAAGCGUCCGGCUUGCACUUGAAGCUGUCUGCACCCUCCUAGGCCAUAAGGUCGAUAGCUGGAAGACCAUUCAGGGAAUCAUCCGUCGCGAGGAUUUCAUUGCUAGCAUUGUCAAUUAUGACAAUGAGCGUCACAUGACUCGCAACCACCGUAUCAAAAUGCAGAACGAGUUCCUUUCCAAGGAAGACUUCACCUAUGAGCGUGUGAACCGUGCCAGUAAGGCAUGUGGCCCCCUCGUGCAAUGGGUUGAAGCACAGGUGAAUUAUUCAGCUAUCCUGGACAGGGUGGGCCCUCUUCGUGAGGAGGUCGACCACCUCGAAGAGCAGGCUCUACAGACCAAGGCCGAGGCGCAGGCUAUUGAGAACACCAUUCAAGGGCUUGAGAGUAGCAUUGCCACUUACAAGAGCGAAUACGCGGCCCUGAUCAGCGAGACCCAGGCCAUCAAGUCUGAAAUGUCCCGAGUGCAAUUCAAGGUUGACCGCAGUGUUCGUCUGCUGGACAGUCUUGCAUCGGAACGUGAACGCUGGGAAGAGGGAAGCAAGUCCUUCGAGACUCAAAUUGGUACCUUGGUUGGCGAUGUCUUGAUUGCUGCAGCCUUCCUAGCGUAUGCGGGUCUCUAUGAUCAGCAGUUCCGCAGGGCAAUGAUUGAUGACUGGGUUCACCAACUUGCUCAAUCCGGUAUUCACUUCAAGCCUCACAACCCGAUCACGGAGUAUCUCUCCAAUGCCGACGAGCGUCUCAAAUGGCAGGCGAACUCGCUACCUGUUGAUGACCUCUGCACUGAGAAUGCAAUCAUCUUGAAUCGUUUCAACCGAUACCCUCUGAUCGUUGAUCCCUCGGGUCGAGUGACUGAGUUCCUGCAGAAGGAGAGCAAAGAUCGCAAGCUCACUGUCACCAGCUUCCUGGAUGACUCGUUCGUGAAGCAACUGGAGAGCGCUUUACGUUUCGGAAACCCCAUUCUCAUUCAGGAUGCUGAGCACUUGGAUCCCAUUCUCAACCACGUUCUCAACAAAGAGUACCAGAAGACUGGAGGUCGUGUUUUGAUUCAACUGGGCAAGCAAGAGAUCGAUUUCUCACCUUCGUUCAAGCUCUUCCUCUCCACGAGAGAUCCUUCUGCAGAGUUCCCUCCCGAUAUCUGUAGUCGGACGACAUUUGUCAACUUCACAGUCACUCAGAGCAGUUUGCAAACACAGUCAUUGAACGAUGUUCUGAAGUUCGAGCGCCCCGACAUUGACGAGCGACGCAAUAAUCUCGUUAAAAUGCAAGGUGAAUUCAAGGUCCACCUACGACAACUUGAGAAGCGUUUGCUGCAGGCUCUGAACGAGUCUCGCGGAAACAUUCUCGACGACGACAACGUGAUUGAGACACUUGAGACACUGAAAAAAGAAGCCGCUGAAAUUUCAAAGAAGAUGUCGGAGACAGAAGGUGUCAUGUCGGAAGUUGAGAGCAUCACCAAUCAGUACAGCAGCAUUGCCAAAGCAUGCAGUGCUGUCUUCGCUGUCUUGGAGCAGCUUCACCACAUCAACCACUUCUAUCAAUUUUCCCUCCAGUACUUCGUGGACAUCUUUAACGCUGUUCUCUACCAGAACAAGCGCCUUGCUCGAGAGAAAGAUCACGCGGCUCGGGUGGGUAUCAUCACUCAGGAUCUGUUCAUCACGACUUACCAGCGGACCUCACUCGGGUUGAUUCAAAAAGAUCGAAUUACCUUGGCCAUAUUACUUGCUCAGGCGACACCUUUCUCCAUGGACAGGGGUAUCCUGGAUCGUAUCUUGGACGAGUCUAUCCAGGGCAACGAUCUAUCGACAGACGUGAACGCACGCGAGCAGGUGAUGAGCAAGCUACUGAACAUGUCGUCAUUCAAGGAAGCUGUACCCAACGUUCCCCAAGAGCAGUGGGAUCGGUUCUUUGGUGAAGAGAUUGCGGAGAAUUUCGUACCCGUUGUCUGGAAAGAAGAAACUGUCAAACUUGACCAGUUACUCCUCUCCUUGCUACUCGUUAAGCUCUGUCGGAUGGACCGAUUCGUGCCCACGGCGGAACGCUUUGUGCAGGCUGUGUUUGGACGAGAGCUCUACGACGGUAGUAGUGAUCUCAAGGAUGUUGUUGACCAGGUCACAGCGACUGCUCCCAUUGCACUCAGCUCCAGCCCAGGGUUCGAUGCCAGCUACAAGGUGGAUGCGUUGGUUGAGCGUACUCACGCAACUUGUGCCCAUAUUGCCAUGGGAUCAAACGAGGGUCUCGAGAGUGCUGACAAGGCAAUCAGCAAUGCCGCUGCCACAGGUAACUGGGUGCUUGUCAAGAACGUGCACUUGGCGCCGUCAUGGCUUCAGAGCUUGGAAAAGCGACUGGAUUCACUCAAACCUCACAAGGACUUCCGUCUUUUCUUGUCGAUGGAGUCCAGUCCUAAGAUCCCAGUCAACCUCAUUCGCGCAUCUCGUGUGCUGAUGUACGAGCAACCAGCUGGUGUUCGCGCCAAUAUGAAGGACUCAAUGUCGACAUUGAUGACUCGUGCCAGCAAAGCACCUGUGGAGAAAGCUCGUGUUUACCUACUUCUCUGCUUCUUCCAUGCCGUUGUCCAAGAGCGUCUCCGUUAUGCGCCAAAUCUUGGCUGGAAGGGCUUCUGGGAGUUCAAUGAUAGCGACUACGAGUGCUCGGCCAAUAUCAUUGACUACUGGGUCAACGAGGUGGCCCAAGGUCGGUCCAAUGUCGCACCUCUCAAAUUGCCAUGGGAGAUGAUACGCACGCUCAUCACGGAGAUGUACGGUGGAAAGAUCGACGAUGCUGGUGACUUCCAACAGCUAGACGACCUGGUCAAUCGCUUCCUCACGCCUGCAGCGUUCGAAGAGGAUCACAAACUUGUCUCUGGCGUGGAAAAUGACCAACUCCUCACACUGCCGAGCGGUACCAGUAUCCGUGACUUCACCAGCUGGGUGAACCAACUUCCCGAGCGUGAGCCACCCACCUACCUUGGUCUGCCAGGUAAUGCAGAGAAGCUGUUGCUGGUCAAUCACGGCAGCAAAAUGAUCUCGGACUUGUCACGCAUUACCACGCUGUUGGAUGAGGGUGAGCAACUGAUGGUUGACAACUGA